AUGUUAAAGUCUAAAGAGAAGAUGUUAGGGUUGAAAGAGAAGGAGAUUGAUGAGCGUUGUGAAAUGUUAGAGGCGAAAGAGAAGCGAAUGUUAGAGGAUGCAAAAGCUAUGGAGUUGGUUCGAAAGCAAUUGGAUGAGCGGUCUAUACAGAUGGAAUUGAAGGAAAAGGAAAUUGAGGAGCGAUUCCUUGCAGUGGAGGCUAAGGAGUUGGUAGGAAGGGAUGAUAAGGAAACUAAUGAUUUCGACAAGGUGAUCGAGUCGAAAGAGAACAAGCUCAAUGAUCAAGUAGAGGGUGAUGGACAUCACAUACUUUCUAAUUGUCAAGCACAAGAGUAUCAAGGGAAACACUAUGGUAGUAGAAGUUUGACAAAUUUGAGGCAGGAAUUACCUAAUUCAGAAAUCCACCAAACAGCAUGUUCAAAAGAUUUUUCCUCAUCAUCAAGUAUUGGUGGUGAUCAAGUCCGUUCAUAUUGCACUAAAAUGGAUGCAUUGUUUUUGGGAUUUUGUAUAACGGACCAGGUGAAGGCGAAAACAAUAUCACCUGAAGGGAUAUUGGACGCUCUUAGAUGUGCUCCUAAUCCAGGAAAACUUGUUAUGGAAGUCACUCGAACAUUCCACCAAAAUUUCUCAGAUAAGAAUAUGACCACAAUUUAUAAAGAUAGUUGCAUAUUGCUGUUGGAGCAGUUAAUGAAACUAUCACCUCCAAUUACGAAACAUGUCAAAGAGGAAGCAAGGCAUCUAGCUAUGUUGUUAAAGGCCGCCAAGAACAGAACUCCGACAGAUAAUUUCGGUUUUUUGCAGUUUGUAGCUGCGUUCAUGUUAGCAAAUUGUUUUAAUGCAGAUGAUCUUGUUACCCUUUUUGGUUCAUUUUAUUGUGGAUGUAAGAUUUAUCGGCUAGAGCAGCAAGCGACUUUAUGCAAUGCAUUGGGACUUUCAGAUAAGAUCCCAGGGCUUAUCAAGUCUUAUAUUCAAAAAAAGAAGUUACUCACAGCAGUCAAGUGCAUUUGUAUUUUUAAGUUGGAAGAUAUAUUUCCGCCAGAGCCUUUGCUGGAAAAUUACUUGGACAUGUCUAAUAAAAAAGUGAAUAAGAAACAGAAAGCUGGAACGUUUAUUACGAAGAUUGAAGGUAUUGACAAGGAACUAUUAAUUCUUCGAGAUGUUACUAGCUGCAUUGCCACAUUUAAGCUUGAGUCUAGAUUCCCACCUGAUCCCCUAUUAUCGCGCAUCGAAGAAUUGUUAAAGGCGAAAGAAGAAAGGAAGGCGGGUGCUCUAACACAAUGGAAUGAUAAUAAACGCAGUGCAAGCUCCUGUGAUUCCAUAGCAAGUCCAGAACAGCUACAAAAGCGUCCUAGAAUAGAGAACAAUCACCAAGUACAAGUAGCGCCUUAA